GAGUUCCAGAACAGCCUGAGGAGCACCAAGCUGACGAACUACCUGGACUACCUGGGCAUCGACAUGGAUCAGACGAAACACCUCUUCUACCUGCUCAGCGAGGCCGCCAGCGACCAGACGGUGGAGAUCGAGAAGUUCGUACAGGGCAUCGUCCGCAUGAAGGGCAGCGCCAACAACAUCGGCAUGCAGAGGCUCACUUUCGAGGUGCUGCUCAGCCGGAG